AUGGGUGCGGCGCCGUGGCUCUGCCUCCUCUGCGUCGCGUCCGUCUCAAUGACGCUGGGAAACAAGGCGUUGAUGAUGGGGCCGCUCGCGGCGAACAAGCAUCUCGUGCUUGUCUUUCAGAAUGCCAUCUCUGUCACGGUACUCAACGGCGGAGCUCUGGCGGGUCUGAUCUCGUUUGAGCGCGUCGAUCGGCGGCAGCUGCUCUUUUAUGUCUGGGACGCAGCGAUGCUGGUUGUGCAGCUUUUCACCUCGUUCGUCGCGCUGCAGCACCUGCCGGUUGCGACGACGACGGUUGUCCGCGCCCUCGCCAUCCCUCUCGUCGCCUGGAGCGAGCUUCUGGUGAUGGGGACGCGGCUACCGGCCUCCAAGCAGGCGAGCUACCUCUUUGCCCUCUUCAACCUCCUCGCGUACACCUCCAACGCUCUCCUCGACCGCGUGAUGAUGUCAUCGUCAAAGCAGUCGGCGGCCGGUAUGGCCAUGUACACCCAGGCGCUAUCCAUACCAAUCUGCUUGAUCGAGGGCGGCGCAGCCUCGGCCCUCGGCGCUGCAGCAUGGCUCUCGCCACGCACGCGGCCACACAACAUCUAUAGUCACGGCUGCGCGCUCCUCGUCACGGGCGUCGGCGCCGCGCUCCUCGGGAGUUGCUUUGCGAUGUGCUACAAGAGGGCAUCUGCCACCACCGUGACCAUCGCGGGCAACGUCAACCGGGUUGUCUGCGCGCUCGCGGGCGGCGCCAUUUUCCCCGGCAAGAGCCUGACGGUGGAGCAGGCGCUGGGCAUGGCGGUGUGCCUCAGCGGUGCGACCUCGUACUCGCUGGUUGGCGCGCGUCAGCGCGACGGCGGCAGCGGCAGGGAGAAGCGAGCGAAGGGAUCGUGA